CUCGAUUUCAAAACUAUGGAGGGAAAACGAACCCGGCCCCCGGCCCUAAAGAAAGAAUUGGAAGAGCAAACUAGCAAAGCACAGGCUGAAGCUCAACAACUUCGACAAGCUAUUGGAAGCAAAAGAAUUUUUUAUUUAUUGUCGAAGACAAGAUAGAGAAGAAGUAAGAAGUAAGAACGACCAGGAAUAUGCUCAAUCAAUGUCGUUCCAGGAGCCGCCAUCUUCAAAAUUGAAUCGUUGAAUCACCGCCGCUAAUCACCACCGCAGCGAGAAGAGGAAAAGGGGCUCUGAAGAACGAAGCAGCACGAAAAUUACAGGUAUCUGACAUUAGCUAUUUAUUUUUUUGCGCCCUUAUUACUGUAGGGCUCAAAAUUGGGGAUGAAAUUAAGGCGUUCGAUCACGGAGGAAAUCUAUUUCCCCGAGGAAAUUUGGAGGAGGAUCCUACUUAAUUUGCCCACCGAAAUACUGGUGAGAUUCAGCUGUGUGUCAAAAAAGUGGCGUGAUUUGAUUCGAGACCCUUCUUUCGGGAAUGCACAUGUCAGCUAUUAUAUCCAGCAAAAGCGCCAUAACAAUGCGGCCUUCCUUUUGGGACGAUUUAGAAGCUGUAGCUUUUUCGAUGAAUACAAGAGAUUCCAUGAACUGUUAUUGACUGCCAAAUCUGAGGAGGGCGACCAAGGUAACUAUGAUACUAUUGGAAACAACUUCAAUUUUCGUUUCUCUGUUUUGUCCCCUGGUCUAGAUUUACCCCCUUAUGAGUUUCAGCAGCCUUACAAAAUAUAUGGAUCAUGCAAUGGAAUCCUUUGCAUCUCAAAAUCAUCAUCCCGUUGCCAUGUUUAUUUGUGUAAUCCAGCCAUUGGGGAAUGCUUGAGACUUCCUGCAUCGUAUUGGGAUAUGGGUGGCUUCUGGGAUAAAAGUGUGCUGGGUUUUGGUUUUGAUGUGCGCACUAACGAUUACAAGGUCAUCAGGCUGGGGCGGGUGGGCAGAAAUGGAUCAAAUCGUGCAUAUGCUGAAAUCUAUAGACUUAACACCAACUGUUGGACUAAGCUUAAGGUUAAAGUGGGUAGUCUCAUGGACAGUCUUGCUCCUGCUGGAGGAGUAUUUUUUAAUGGUUCUUGCUAUUGGUCGGGGAACUGUAAGUAUAUUGGAGCUGCGAUUCUCAAGUUUGACUUCUCCACUGAAAUCUUUAGCCUGGUAUUACCUCCGUAUUCAAAGAGAACAUGGAACUGGAUAAGUGCUACUCCAUCUGUCGUGAGUGAUUCCCUGGCAUUGGUCCUUGAAGGUAGGCUUGGAUUAUGUGAAGUUUGGGUGAUGAUGGUGCAAAAAGAAGAAGAUGGGAAAGAGUCAUCCUCAUGGUCUAAGAAAUGUUCUCUAAGAUUAAGACCUGAAUUACGUUUUCCAGCUAUGUUGACUUGUUGGAACCACGAUUGGUUACUAUUAAGGUCUCGCUGUGGCAGAAAAAUAAGAUGCUGCUUUCUCGAAGAUGGCUCUACUGCACAAAAGGAUUGGGGAUUUGACAUUGGUUACACUGAUGACCUUUGUGCAGUUGCUUUUCAACCAACUCUAGUUUCCCUUAAAGAGAAACUUAAGAGAAUAGGUUUAUUUUAAUAAGUUAUAUUUCUACCAAGAACUAUAAGUCCAUAGGUUAGAUGUUCUAGCUGCUUUUCAUUAUAUAAUUUAUAAGCAUACUGGUAUGCAGUUUUAAUUCCAUUUGAAUGUAACAGUUGAUUCAUUGCCAG